GCGUACUUUCGCACACUGCUCGACCGGCGUCACUUUAGAACGCGCAUUUUUUUUGCAGACUUUUCAUUUUGUAAAAAAGUCUCCUGGCGCCAACACACAGGCUUAGGAAAACCAAUUUAAUUAGGUUCAUAAAGUGUAGAUCUUAUUUAAUCUAGUAAUUUAAUAAAAACAAAAUGGGCAAGAAAAUCGACAACCCUGAGAGCUCGGUAAAAGGUUCCGACGGUGAGGAGGAGGAGGAGUACGCCGUGGAGAAGAUCAUCGACAGACGUGUGCGCAAGGGAAAGGUGGAGUACUAUCUCAAAUGGAAGGGCUACCCGGAAACUGAGAACACCUGGGAGCCGGAGAACAAUCUCGACUGCCAGGACCUUAUCCAGCAGUACGAGGCGAGCCGCAAGGACGAGGAAAAGUCAGCAGCCUCCAAAAAGGAUCGUCCCAGCAGCAGCACCAAGGCCAAGGAAACUCCGGGACGCGCCAGCACUUCGGCGUCCACAGCAAGCAAGCGAAAGUCCGAAGAACCAACAGCGCCCGCUGGCAACAAAUCAAAACGUACCACAGAAGCAGAGCAGGACACCAUUCCCGUUUCAGGAUCUACCGGAUUCGAUCGCGGCCUGGAGGCCGAGAAGAUCCUGGGUGCCUCCGACAAUAAUGGCCGCCUGACAUUCCUCAUCCAGUUCAAAGGCGUGGACCAGGCAGAAAUGGUGCCGUCCUCUGUGGCCAAUCAAAAAAUCCCGCAGAUGGUAAUCCACUUCUACGAGGAACGCCUAUCCUGGUACUCGGAUAAUGAGGAUUAAACAUUGCGGUACAGUUGCAUCAUCGAACGAGCGAAUAAGAACGCUUUUACAUUUAACGAAAAAACAACCACUUAGAAUUAUAGCCCCUUGCAGGCGCUUACAAAAUCCCCCACAACUCUUGAAGCAUCGGACUAAAUUUAUUAUGCUGUCCAGCGUCAGUGUUUGUAUUUAUCACAACCAUUUUCAAUGAAUAAACAAAACCUUUGUUCUGCCGGA